AUGUUGUUGCUGGUGGCCCAGGCAGGAGGUGACUCUCUCAUAGUUGGUCACUACAUAAAAUGUGUCUCUUUCUCGUUUGUUUUCCACCUGCUUUCCGAGCCCCUUUCUCAGUCAGUUGACCACAGCAUGUUUGAGAAUUUGAACACAGCACUCACUCCAAAGCUACAGCCAAGCCGCUCCUUUCCCCACUUGUCCAGGUCUGCGGCCCCCAGCUCCACCACCCUGGGGCCUGUGGAGCCUGGUGGGCCAGGACUCUGGGUGGGCAGCAGCCAGCACCUCAAGAACCUGGGCAAAGCUAUGGGGGCCAAGGUGAAUGACUUCCUGCGGAGGAAAGAGCCCUCAAGCCUUGGUGGCGUGGGCGUGAUGGAGAUCAACAAGACUGCGGGAGCCGAACUGGCACAUGGGAUUGAUGUGGCAUCCGGGGCCUGGCUGGAGGAUGAGCGGUCAACAUUGCAAGAAGCAUUCCCACGACUGGAUCCUCCACCACCCAUAGCCAAGAAGCGGACUCCUCGGGCCCUGAAGACCACCCAAGAUAUGCUGAUUUCAUCGCAGCCUGUCCUGAGUAAUCUGGAGUGUGGGACAGAGCCAUCACUUGGGCAGUCCCAAGACUCCCCUCCCACUGCACUUGCUCUAAGCGAGCCUGUCUCAGCAGACAUGUCCCACCCAGAGGCCACUAUGGAAAUGGCAGAGAAGGGCGAGGCCCUGCCCAAUGGAGAGGUUUCCCUGUCAGUACCUGAUCUAAUCCACAAGGACAGCCAGGGUGAAUCCAAGCUGAAGAUGACUGAGCAGAGAAGGGCCUCCUCCCCUGGCCUCAUGGAGAGAAAUGGCCUCAAACUCAGCAUGAGCCCCAUCAACCUGCCUGGGCCCCCAGAGGAUGGCAGCCCCUCUCCUCGAGCACGGAUCUCCAGCCUUGACAAUGAAGGCCCUCACCCAGACCUGUUGUCCUUCGAGUAG